ACACAAUUUCCCAGGUGUCUUUGCGAUUACAACAUCAAAGAUGGCGAUUUGGCUCAGAGUAAUAGGACGUGCUUUGAAUGUUGAGCCGCACAACAGAUGACCUAAAGGAGCGAAAACCCCGCAUAGCACUGCAGACAAUUUACCACAGAGGGCCAGCAACACCCCACCUUACUGUACAUCGGUUUUAAAACAGAUAAAAUGCCUUCACCUAAAUCUAAAAACCCGGUUCGCGGCGGCGGAAGCCCGGUGCUCGGCAGCUCCAACGGCCGCUACGACUUCAUGUCUCUGACGAAGCCGCUGAACCGGUCCUCGCCGCCGCACCAGAGACAGGGCUCCGACCCCGCCACCGCCCGCCUCAGAGCCUCGGAGAGCCCCACUCGGCGCCGGGGCUCCAGCUCCUCCACCGGCAGCGGACAGGGGCUGCCAGAGGAGGACGGCUUGCGGCUGAACCCCUCUUUCAUCCGCGUAGCGCUCAGCUCCCUGCUCGCCAUCGACCUGUGGAUGUCCAAGACGAUGGGGGUGUGUGCCUGCGAGGACUCGUCUUGGGGCAGUGUGCGCCCCUUAAUGAAGCUCAUAGAGAUAUCCGGACAUGGCAUCCCCUGGCUGGCCGGUACCGCCUACUGUCUGUACAAGAGUGACAGUGCAACAGGACAAGAAGUCAUGCUCAACCUUUUCAUGGGCCUAUUGUUGGACCUGGUGCUGGUCACCAUCGUUAAGGCAGUGGUGCGCCGGCGUCGACCAGCCCAUAACCGCAUGGACAUGUUUGCCACCUUUUCCGUGGACCGAUUCUCCUUCCCUUCAGGCCAUGCCACGCGCGCCGCCAUGUGUGGGCGCUUCCUGCUGGCUCACCUGGUGCUGGCCGCCCCUCUGAGGUUCCUCGUCGUGCUGUGGGCCGCCCUAGUGGGCCUGAGCCGGGUGUUGCUAGGCAGACACAAUGUGACUGACGUGAUGUUCGGCUUCUGGAUGGGAUAUGUCCAGUACAAUCUUAUAGAGAUGCUGUGGCUCUCACCUCAAACCCUGCAAGGCCUGCUGGGACAGUUGGCCUAAUGCUAAGGAUUGAAGGAGGAGACAUGGUGGUUUGAUUCUUCAUUACCAGAGCACCUGCACACUUUUUGUCUUUUUCAGACUGAUGCAUAAGAGAAACUGUCUUGACAAAAGAAGCGUGCUAUCAAACACACCUUUUGAUUUGCUGUUAUCUGACACUUCAGAAGUUCACUGUCAGCCAUCCCUUUUCAGGUUGCAAUGCCUGUAAUGGAAAGUACAGGAUUUUAAACCAGAAAAGCAAGAGAGACGGAUGAGUCCAGAUGACCACCUAAGGCCACCUUUCUCGCCUUAAUUGACCUGAUUCAGUGGAAAUUAUGUACUGAAAGCAUGCUUUUGUUUCGAAGGGAGUUUUAAUCUAAAUCUGAGGUUUCCCUUUGCUGAUCUGACUUAAGAUAUACCCAAUAAAGAACGCCACAGAAAAGAGGUUCAACAAUAAUAUGAAUCCCUGCUUUGGAAAAAGAAUGGCAAUAUACUUUUUACAUAUAUCUUCCUUUAAGUUAAUACAGAAGCAAACAGCAAUGAGAAGUCAAAAUGGAUUCAAAACUGCAAUACAAGUAAAUGAUGAAUGGCGAAGUAUCCUAACUAAUGAGCCCUGUCACUGAGCCACAGCAGUUUUCAAUCUGCACACAAACUGUAAAUAAUGUUAAAAAACGGUUUUGUUCACAUAUAUUUCACAGUGUGCAAACGGGCGUAAAGCCCCUGCUGUUAUCGCUCCAAUGUAAGGCCCUCUGCCCUCAUCUCUUUCUCCAGGACAAUGAUGUAAGAUGGUAGAGCUACUCUUAAAAUGAGCCAUAUCAUUUACUCAAUCAGCAGUUUACAGUUAAUUAAUUUGUUCACCUCCAGCCAAGCUCAACUUUGCCACAAAGCCAACUAAACUUUGAUUUCCCCUUUUAUAUGACAUCUGAUAGGACCACUUUAAUCUCACCAGUUUACUGAUUGACUCACACUCUUAUUCCUCUGAAAGUUUCCUUGUAUCACUAACCUCAUCCAAAGCAUAUCACGUAUUGCUGUUUACUAAUCAACUCUGCUGGAUCACAUACACAAAUUACCAUAUGAUAUAACAUUAACAUUAUUACAUGAUUACGUUUCACGGAGUAUAAUGGUAAUAUUACAAAUGUAAAUGUGGCUUGGGAUUUCUUGCAAAAUCAUUAUUUUGAUCAAUCAAAAAUGAUAACAUUUUAGAGGUAGGUUUGUUGUUUGAUAAAAAAACAAAACAUUUGCCUGAUCUGUAAAGGUAAAAAUGUCAUCAUUUUCCAACACAUUAUUCAAAGUAAGUGUGUGGGAACCCUCUUCUCUAUACACCGGAAGUCUCAAAGUGAGGCUAUUGAGUGGUGAGAAAGUAAAUACCAUAUCUUUACAUCUUCGUUGCAAAGGGAAGCGUAAUCUGCUAAACUGUAGAAAAAUUAUUGUUAUAGUUUGGCCUAAAGCAAUCACAGAUAUCACUAGAUUAGGGGUAAAACAUAUGAAAGACACAUUUACAAAACUAAGCCAUGAGUGACACUACAUGUGCAGAUGUUUUCAAGAUGUUGCUCUGAUUUCACAACGCACCUCUUUUUUGUCUUCACAGCAUGUAAAAAAGAAAACACCCAUUCAGUGGCGUGCCUGAGCUCUGCUUGCAUAGCUCUGUCCUUGAUUGACAGUAGUGAAGGUCGUGUAGCGUGAUUAAAACCUUUGUGAGGGAACAAGGGGCACUUAAUAAGACUCUACAGGUCAAUGCAGGUGACAGUCUCCACAUGAAAUGACAGCUUUCUAAAAUUCACUGUGAAAUCGCUAUAAAAGACACUGUCUUUGCAAGCACUGUAUUCAUUCAAAAACUAGGCCACGGUACAUUUAUUCAUUGGAUUAUACAUUUUAAAAAACAAUCCACCAGAAUGUCUAACUUCGUACGUCAUCAGUCUCCCAGCAGCACCGUGGCAGCACAUAGUUUUAUAUUAGCAACCAGUUAGAGUGAGCCAGGGUGUUAAACUGGCUGAGCGAUUACCUGGUCUGCUGUCAGCGUUCACAGUUCAAAGGGUUUUAAGCUACUGCAUUAUGAAAGGACGAUUGAAACUACAGUGUAUACAUAUAGGGUGCCUUGCCAUGGUGCAUUUGAAUAUCUGUUCUCUGCAACUAGGGCUGCACGAUUUUGGGAAAAAAUCUAAUUGCGAUUUUUCUGACAAAUAUUGCGAUUCGAUUUGCGAUA